AUGGCAGGGCCAGAAGCCACAACAACGGCAACAUUCACCGUAACCACUACCACGACGCACCAACCGCGCCGGCCCGCCGCUAGAAGGUUUGUCGGAGUCCGGCAGAGGCCAUCUGGGAGAUGGGUGGCCGAGAUUAAGGACUCGUCGCAACGAGUAAGGCUAUGGCUGGGGACAUACGACACCCCAGAGGAAGCCGCAAGAGCCUACGACGAAGCCGCCCGAGCCCUGCGUGGCGAAAAUGCCCGGACCAACUUUGCAGUGCCGCCGGUUUGCGCCGAUACGAGCCCGUUGGUCUCGUGCCAAAGUGACGGCCGGCACAGCCUCAUGAGCUUCUCUUCGUUGAAGGCCAAGCUGAGCAAAAAUCUACACAACAUCAUGGCUAGGUCAAACGAGAUCAAUAACAAGUCAACGUCCAAGAGUAGGGUCAGUGAUCACUUCACUUUCGCGAGUAUAUUCCAUUUCAAGAAAUACCACUCUAAUAAUCAUCACCAAUACCAAAACCCCAUGAUUGACAUGAGGCCUAACAUAGAGAAAUUAGCGGUGCAGCCUAGUAUUGUCGUGCCUUCACAUGUGGAUACGAUGUCGUCUUCAUCGCCUUCUUGGGAGGCCUCGAGCAUCUCCGAUUCUAGCGCAGAGUUGGCGGGGUUCGGGCGGUUUGAUUCCGACGGAUCGGAGGACGUCGGUGAGGGGUUUAGGGAGCUGAAUCCGAUAAUGGGGUGGAAUAUGGAUAGCCCGGAGGUGAGUGUAUGUAGUAGAAGCUGUGAGGGUUUGGUAAGUAAGAGGUUUAGGGUUUCUUCUUCUGUGGUGGUACCUCCAACUUUCAGUAGCUCCUUGUUGUCAUCAUCAAGUGAUGGUGAGACUAUCAAUUGA